AAAAAGAAACUAUUACUUUGUUUAAGUUUUGAGUGUGACUUUUUUUAACUUGGGAGGAUCUUCAUAAGGAAUGUUAGAAAUGCUGAUAACAAAAUCUUGGAAAAUACAGGUAGCUGAGACAUUUCAGUACUAAAAUUUAAAACAAGCAGCUGGUGUUAAUCUGUUUCUAAAGCUCAAAUACAACCUGACAAAUCCCCCCCCACACACCUCAGACAGUGCAGGUCCUGACCUGGCUCUGCCUGUAUUUGAGGGUCUGCAUCUCUGUUGUUUGCUGUUAAUACUCUUUGAUAAGUCAUGUUCAAAGACAAGACAGGAUCCUAAUGUGAUUAAUGAAUCUCAGAGACACAUAGAGAGGAAGCAGCAGUCCUCCAGGCACCAGAGGCAAGAUGAUGCGACCAGGAGCUAGGCAGUAUGUAGUGGCCAGGCCGCUGUACUCGGAGGACUCCUUCACCGAGGAGCAUGAGAAGAUCUACAGGCACCGCAAGACCAUUCUGGAUCACGUCAAGCAGUACUUCACAUGUGAUGCCAAACGAGCCAAGAAUGCAGCUCUCUCUCUUUUGCCAGUUAUCAGCUGGAUCAGAAUCUACCAAGUCAAAGAGUGGCUGCUCAGUGACAUCUUGUCUGGUGUCAGCACUGGACUGGUAGCUGUCCUGCAAGGUCUGGCUUACUGUCUCCUGGCCUCUCUGCCAGCCUGGUACGGACUUUUCUCUGCCUUCUUCCCUGUUGUCAUGUACUUCUUCUUGGGCACCUCCAGACACAUCUCAGUAGGUCCGUUUCCAGUCUUGUGUCUGAUGAUUGGCUCUGUGGUCACCAGGCUGAUCCCAGACGAGGGUCCGCCCACCAACAUCACAGGGCUUGAAGGCCUCACCAUAGAUGAACAAAGAGUGCUGGUGGCUUCCUCUGUGACCUUCCUCUGCGGUCUUAUGCAGCUUGCCAUGGGUGUCCUGCAGGUGGGCUUUAUUGUCAUCUACCUGUCCGACACACUGGUGUCUGGCUUCACCACAGCAGCUGCCAUCCACAUCCUGGUGUCCCAGCUUAAGUUUGUGUUGGGACUGCAAGUCCCAGGCAUCAGUGGUCCACUUGCUAUUGUAUAUACCUUAGAGAUCAUAUUCAAUAAGAUAACUUCCAGCAACGUGUGUGACGUGGUGAUCUCCUUGGUGAUCAUGGUGACGGUGUUCAUCGUGAAGGAGCUAAAUGACAGAUUCAAAUCCAAGCUGCCCGUACCCAUCCCCAUAGAGGUUAUCAUGACUGUCAUUGCAUGUGGAGUUUCAUACGCACUCGAUUUCAAAACAAGAUAUGGCAUUGAUGUUGUUGGUCAUAUUCCAUUGGGGUACGAGUCUCCGGUGGCUCCAAACCUGCACAUCUUCAAGGAAACAGCAGUGGAUGCAUUUCCCAUGGCGAUAGUGGGUUUCGCUGUUGCCUUCUCUGUUGCAAAAGUCUAUUCUGUAAAACACGAUUACACCAUAGAUGGAAACCAGGAGCUGAUAGCUUUUGGAGUCAGCAACAUCUUUGGAGCUUCCUUCAAGUCCUUUGCUGCAAGCACAGCUCUUUCCAGGAGUGCAGUGCAGGAGAGCACAGGUGGAAAGACUCAGAUCGCUGGUUUACUGUCAGCUAUCAUGGUGAUGAUCGUCACGAUGGCCAUCGGAUUCCUACUGAAUCCAUUGCCAAAGUCAGUGCUUGGUGCUGUAGUCAUCGUCAAUCUGAAGGGCAUGCUGAUGCAGUGUAGAGAGAUCCCAUACCUGUGGAGGAGAGAUAAACAUGACUGUGUGGUGUGGUUAAGUACCUGUAUUGCAUCCAUCCUUCUGGGGCUGGAUCUUGGAUUGGCUGCAGGCCUUGGUGUGGAGCUGAUUACUGUCAUCCUCAGGACUCAGUUCCCUCGUUGCAGUGUGCUGGCCAACAUCAAAGGAACUGAUAUCUACAAGGACAGAAAGGAUUAUAUUGAUAUAUAUGAGCCAGAGGGAGUGAAGAUUUUCAGGAUACCAUCACCUAUCUUCUUUGCCAACAUUGAGUUCUUCAGGACCAAACUGGUGGAAGCUGUUGGAUUUAACCCCUUGAGAGUGUUACGAAAGAGAAAUAAGGCACUGAGGAUGAUCCGGAAACUACUAAAAAAGGGAGAUCUGCAAUGGACAUCAAAAGGUUUCCUGAACACAUCAUGUGGACCCAUCAAGGAGUCAGAGGAUGAGAGUGACGUGGAGGAGUUGGACCUGCCGACUGACUUCAAGGACCUUCCUGCCCGGAUCGACUGGAACAGCGAGCUUCCCGCCAACAUCAUCGUCCCCACAGUGGACCUCCACAGCCUGAUCUUGGACUUUGCUGCUGUCUCCUUCCUGGACAUCUCAGGCCUGAAGGGACUCAAAACUGCACUGAAAGAGCUGAUCCGGGUUGAAGUUGAGGUCUACAUUGUGGCUUGUGAUCCUUACAUCCUGGAGAAACUGCAUGACUGUUGCUUCUUUGAUGAUGAAGUUCAGCCAUCGAUGUUCUUCUUGACACUGCAUGACGCCAUGCUGCACAUCCUUGAGAAACAUCCAGAGUCUACAGAGAAGAAGGAUGACAGGAUUAUAACAACUGUCACAGUUCACCACCCUGGAGGCAAUUUGAGGAGCAGAGAUAAAAAUGCUCCAGAUCCAGAAACCAAGUUCUAACUUGUGAAUUGAGAAGAUGAAUUCUGGGAGGAAGCAACAAAAAGAUCAAAGGGACAAAACAAAAGAGUAAAUGUUUUACAGAUCAUGCUGUACAAUGUAAUGAUGUAAUGAAUAAUGAGAUACUGUUUUUGACUUGAUACAUAUGACAAUCUGAGUUUACAUAUACAGUAUUAACUGUAAUGUAAGAAAACAAAUUUUAUACUGUUGUUCUUUUUUUAUACUGUAUAUAGUGAAUUUGUAGAAAUUUUAGGUGCAAUAUACUUUGUAUAGUUGUUAUUGUUAUUAUUAUUGUUAUUGUCAUAACAGUGAAUUUUUUUGGUGCACUCUUUUCAAAGUAAUGUUGUCUAUUUGGGUUCAAAACAAUGUGAAAAAGAAUGAAUUUGUAGUGGCUGAAAUAUGGAAAUCAAUAUUUUAUCACUACAAACAUCUAAUGUUUCUGUUUGCUACUGUCAUGCUGUUCAAAAGGUGUCAGACUCACCGCACAUCAAGGCUGGAUUACCAACCGGCAACAGUCAAAAAGCCAGCUAAUGCACUUCAUGAACAACUGUUGUCACACUUGGUUCAAGGGUUGCUCACUUGUUGCUGGUCUUGACAGAUAAUAUCUAUUGACAUUUUUUCCCUAAACUGUUGUCAUUGUUUGUUUGGCCAUAAAUAUUUAAGAUCACAGAAAAAUAAAAAUAUAAGAUUUAAAACA